AUGCCACGAAUUUCGCCGUACACGACCACACCAAGAGCCCUUGAAAACACAGUGGAUCGUCCUCAAAGUCUGCUACUGGGGCAGCAUACGAACAUGAUGUUUGAUUCAGUGCAGCGUUUGUCCCAGCCGAUGGAUGCGCCUCCAUUCCAUGAAACCCACAUUAUACGGCCAAUUGUUGCCGGUAGUCAAACCAUCAAACCUGAAAUUCAAGCUAAGAUACAUAAGGGGUUCUUCCAGGUUGAUGAUAAAUGGACCUGCUAUCGACGCAACUACUUUUCAGUUUCAUGCUCAUUUUCAUUGCAUCCAUGGACUCACGUUCCUCUUUACCUCAGAUUUGCAGAUCAUUCUACUGAGCGUAUUUUAUCGUUCUCCAUGUCGAUAUCAGCGAUUGUGAAUGCGCAGUGUAGCGAGGUCCGAGAAUUGGUCCAGCACACUCCCAAGCGGGAUAAGCAGUCCGAACGGAAGCCAGGGAAAGUCAUCUUACAACCUACUCAACCGCCUCCAUUGGUUCUCGGCCACGGUUCCACAGGGAGCAGCAGUCAACAUGGAUUUGCGUUGACCUCCCCUCCAACUGGAGUACCAGUGGACUACAAUGCUACGUACAGCAGCGGUCCUCAGCCUUCCCAAACCCCGACUCAGCAUACAUUCGAACGCAUCCAGUUCCAAAAGGCCACUGCAAACAACGGGAAACGUCGUGCCCAGCAACAGUACUACAAUUUAGCGGUUGACCUAUACGCGGAAGUUGCAACCCCCACCAGUGGCGACGACACCCAGUGGAUCAAAAUUGCCAGGAAAUUAUCCCAUCCAAUGGUGGUUCGCGGCCGCUCCCCGGGCCAUUACAAAGACGGCCGCCGAGAUAGUUCUGCUAGCAUGGGCCCUGAUGGUGGACGUGGUGGCUCGGGUGACGGUACAGGAGGGGCUGUCCUACCGCCGGGAAUUGGCACAACCUCGCGGUCUCACUUGACCCUUAUGCCGUACGACACUCCUCAACGGAGCGGCCCACAUUAUGGGCGGUCUGAUUACCACCAAAUGACAGCGCCAAACCGAUCUUCACUGAGCGAGAGCCCGCAUAUAUCGUCUUCGUCUUCGUCUGCCUUUGACAUCUUGAAUGACUCAAUGGAUCCGAUGGAUUCCAUUAAAAGCUCCUCGAGCAUGGAUUCAUACCAAGACGGGUUUGGGAUCAUGGACGGCCGGAAGCCUGAGAGCCAGUACCGUUUCAAUUUGCCUCCUUUCGGGUACGACUCUAUACCUAAGAAUAGCGAGGAUUCCGGCAACAGCUAUCCCGAGGCUUUUGAUUCGAUGGUAUCGAUGAUGCCCCAUGAACAACAGAACGAUACUUCCAAUUACCUGAAGCAUCCAGUUAAAGUAGCAGCUCAUGGGUACCAUGCUUCUGGUGACUAUGAUCCCGCCUGCACCACUCGGGUCAGUGACAGUGGUAGUGCCUACGGCCGAUAUCCUCCUCCUUCUCACAGUCUGUGCGCUUAA